UUUAGCUCGUCCUGUGUGUUUCUUCUCUCUUCAAGCCCUAAGCUUCUUUGAUCAAUCCAUCGUCACCCUUGUCGAUUCCUCCAAACCCUAGUUCCAAAUCCGAAUCAUAAUCCCUAGUUAUCGUAUCUUUCUACUUUGAUCUUUCUCAAUCCUCUAUAUUAGGCUUCCCAGUCUCGUCAACGGGGGUUUUAGCCAGCGCGCGGCUACAAGCUUCCCCAAGAGAAGUUGGAUGCUGAAAAAAUGAGUUCAUUCUCGAUUAACCGAAAGAAGACGCCAUUCCAGAAACACAGAGAAGAAGAAGAAGCUCGGAAGAAGAAAGCUGAGGACGAAACAGCUCGUUUGUAUCAAGAAUUCGUGGAAUCGUUUCAAGGGGAUAGUGCCACUACUAAGACUUUUGUUCGAGGUGGGACGAUUAAUCCAGGAGAGAAGCCUAAGGUUGAUUCUGAAGGUGAAAAGUCCAAAGAUGGGGGUUCCAUUUCAAAGAAGGGGAGUAGGUAUGUUCCCUCUUUCCUUCCACCACCACUGGCAUCUAAGGGUAAAGAACCGGAGAAGAAGAGGGAAGAGGAGAGGCCUAAGGAAAGAGAAAAGGGAAAGACUCGAAAUAUAGAUCAUUUCAUGGAGGAGUUGAAACGCGAACAAGAAAUGAGAGAAAGAAGAAACCAGGAUCGUGACCGUCAGGGCGAUAACUCGCCAUCUAGCCGCUUUGAUGAGCUACCUGAUGAUUUUGAUCCCAGUGGAAGGCUAGGAUCGUUUGACGAUGGUGACCCACAAACUACGAAUCUCUAUGUUGGGAAUCUUUCCCCAAAGGUUGAUGAGAAUUUCCUUCUGCGCACUUUUGGAAGAUUUGGGCCCAUAGCUAGUGUCAAGAUUAUGUGGCCAAGAACAGAUGAGGAGAAGAGGCGACAGAGAAACUGUGGCUUUGUUUCCUUCAUGAAUAGGGCUGAUGGACAAGCUGCAAAAGAUGAAAUGCAAGGGAUAAUAGUGUACGAGUAUGAACUUAAAAUUGGAUGGGGUAAAGCAGUAUCUCUACCAUCACAAGCAUUACCCGCCCCACCACCUGGACAUAUGGUUAUUCGGAGUAAGGAGGGCUGCAACUUGGUUUUUUCUGGUCAAACGGGUCCACCAAUAACUUCUGUUCCAAAUCAAAACUCUGAGCUGGUUCUUACCCCUAAUGUUCCGGAUAUCACUGUUGUUACUCCUGAGGACGAGCACCUCAGACAUGUCAUUGAUACAAUGGCUCUCUAUGUUCUGGAUGGUGAAUGUGCUUUUGAACAAGCUAUCAUGGAGAGGGGCCGUGGGAAUCCAAUGUUUAAGUUUUUGUUCGAGCUUGGCUCGAAGGAGCAUACUUACUACGUCUGGAGACUCUAUUCCUUUGCUCAGGGUGAUACACUUCAAAGGUGGAGAACAGAGCCGUAUAUCAUGAUAACUGGUAGUGGAAGAUGGAUACCGCCACCUCUGCCUGUAACUAGGACCCAGGAGCUCGAAAAAGAGUCUGCCAGCACAUAUGCAGCGGGAAGAAGCAGGCGUGCGGAAGUUGAGAGGACUCUGACCGAUCCCCAGAGGGAUGAGUUCGAGGACAUGUUGCGUAACCUUACUUUAGAAAGGAGUCAGAUUAAAGAAGCUAUGGGUUUCGCUUUAGAUAAUGCAGAUGCAGCUGGAGAGGUUGUUGAAGUUUUGACGGAGUCCCUGACCCUAAAAGAGACCUCAAUUCCAACUAAAGUUGCUAGACUCAUGCUUGUGUCUGAUAUUCUUCAUAAUAGCAGUGCANGUAUAAUCUAUAUGCUCACGUAG